AUGAAUUAUUGUGCAUCGUGCCGGUAUCGUCGCAGUCGUUGCUCUUCUUCGUGUCCGCUUGCGCCGUAUUUCCCGGCGAACGAAGAAGGAGAGAGGAAUUUUCAGGCGGUUCACCGUGUCUUUGGCGUGAACAGAAUCGCCAACAUUCUUCGGCAAAUCGAGUCUUCAGACUUGCGCGACGAUGCUGUUAGAUCCCAUAUACUCGAGGCUCAGUAUCGCCUCCAAUAUCCGGUAUACGGCAGCGUCGCCGUCAUCGUUCCUCUGCUGCACCAGACGCGACAGGCUUUGUUGGAGCUGGAUCGACUUCUAAACCUGCUACCGCACAACAACAACACUUCUACGCCAGUAUUAAACGAUCAAGAAACUUCUGGGAAUGACAAUCCCAAUCAAGAAAUCCUUCGUCCUCCGCCACAAUGA